AGAUGAACAAAUUGAGGAAUUGGAGCUUGAAGAAACCAUGCCCGGAGCUACUGCCACCGCCGGCCACCGCCUCGCCGGUCGCCUCUCCAAGCCGCUGCUUUAUUCCCGUUGAUGUUCCCCUCUCGUUGUUCCCCCCUCUGUUUCCCCCUUGUGAAGCUUCAAUUUAUAGAAUGGAGAGCCAAAUUCUUCCGUUGGAGCAUUGAUUUUGGCGAACGUUGGAGAAGAGCCGUUGGAGGCUUGGUCGUCGCGGUUACUCUUCGAAGAAGAAGGAGAUGGAGCGCAUUUUUUUCCUUUCUUCGUUGACUUAGAAUGAGGGAGCAGAGAUGGGUUGUAUUUGUUGAUGGCUUUGGGCUUUGGGCCAAAUUCAAUCUCUUCUUUUCAAACUUGAACUCCGUUUUGGCCUUUUGCUAUAUUUUUCUCCAAACAAUAAGAUAUCUGAUAAUUUUUUGGUUAAGAAAAAUAAAAUAAAAAUAAUAGAAUGUAAAAAAUGAUUAAAAAACUACUAUUUAUGAAAGAAAAAUAAAAGAUUGUAAAAAUGAGAAUUAAAAUAAAACUAAACUAAAGAACUAAAAAUUAA